CUACAACAAAGCAAUAAGUUCCAUUCUCGGGCUUUGAGUUACCUUAGAGGAGUUUCUAAAUCUGCUCAUUCUCCGGCAGGGACCAUUAAAAGCUGACGUUUGUUGUCUCAGAAAGAGCAGACCAACGUGAAAGAUUUAUAGCUGCUGCAAUAUGUACUUGGCAGUGAAGAUCGCUCUCAUUCUUUGCGUCUUGCAGUUGACGAAUUUAUCAAACACUGAUGCACAAAGAAUUCAGAAGAAAAGGAAGCAUUGUCCAUACUGGAAAUACAGAUGUGAAAGUGGACAGUGCAUAUACAAAUACAAAAAAUGUGAUGGUGAAAAAGAUUGCUUUGAUGGUUCAGACGAACGAGACUGUCCUUCCUCAUCUUCUAAGCCAGAACCAAGUCCAACAUCAUCUUACUGCCCAUACUGGAAAUUCAAAUGCGGAAACCGACAGUGUAUCUACGAACACCAAAGAUGUAACGGUAACUGGGAUUGCUCUGAUGGUUCAGACGAACGAUACUGUCCUUCCUCAUCUUCCAAGCCAGCUCCAAGUCCAACAUCGUCUUACUGCCCAUACUGGAAAUUCAAAUGCGGAAACCGACAGUGUAUCUACGAACACCAAAGAUGUAACGGUAACUGGGAUUGCUCUGAUGGUUCAGACGAACGAGACUGUCCUUCCUCAUCUUCCAAGCCAGCUCCAAGUCCAACAUCGUCUUACUGCCCAUACUGGAAAUUCAGAUGCGGAAACCGACAGUGUAUCUACGAACACCAAAGAUGUAACGGUAACUGGGAUUGCUCUGAUGGUUCAGACGAACGAGACUGUCCUUCCUCAUCUUCCAAGCCAGCUCCAAGUCCAACAUCGUCUUACUGCCCAUACUGGAAAUUCAGAUGCGGAAACGGACAGUGUAUCUACGAACACCAAAGAUGUAACGGUAACUGGGAUUGCUCUGAUGGUUCAGACGAACGAGACUGUCCUUCCUCAUCUUCCAAGCCAGCUCCAAGUCCAACAUCGUCUUACUGCCCAUACUGGAAAUUCAGAUGCGGAAACGGACAGUGUAUCUACGAACACCAAAGAUGUAACGGUAACUGGGAUUGCUCUGAUGGUUCAGACGAACGAGACUGUCCUUCCUCAUCUUCCAAGCCAGCUCCAAGUCCAACAUCGUCUUACUGCCCAUACUGGAAAUUCAGAUGCGGAAACGGACAGUGUAUCUACGAACACCAAAGAUGUAACGGUAACUGGGAUUGCUCUGAUGGUUCAGACGAACGAGACUGUCCUUCCUCAUCUUCCAAGCCAGCUCCAAGUCCAACAUCGUCUUACUGCCCAUACUGGAAAUUCAGAUGCGGAAACGGACAAUGUAUCUACAAAUACCAAAGAUGUAACGGUAACUGGGAUUGCUCUGAUGGUUCAGACGAACGAGACUGUCCUUCCUCAUCUUCCAAGCCAGCUCCAAGUCCAACAUCGUCUUACUGCCCAUACUGGAAAUUCAGAUGCGGAAACGGACAGUGUAUCUACGAACACCAAAGAUGUAACGGUAACUGGGAUUGCUCUGAUGGUUCAGACGAACGAUACUGUCCUUCCUCAUCUUCCAAGCCAGCUCCAAGUCCAACAUCGUCUUACUGCCCAUACUGGAAAUUCAGAUGCGGAAACGGACAAUGUAUCUACAAAUACCAAAGAUGUAACGGUAACUGGGAUUGCUCUGAUGGUUCAGACGAAGAAGACUGUCCCUCUUAAUCUCGCCAGCCAGCACCAGGUCCAAAAUUAUCUCACUGAUUAUUUGAAGAAAGAAGUGUACUUAUCUUAAACCCUUUUAGCAUAAUCUGAUAAUAUUGUUUCACUUACUUUUACUUUAUUCAGCUUUGCACAGCUUUCUUUGCUUCACUAGCACACAUAAAUUAAUACACACCUUGAUGUAUUGCUUUAAUAAAAGAAUUCGCUGAGAAUGAUCUUGA